AUGUUCUGUCAGUCUAUCCAACAGUUCUAUAGUCUAUCCAACAGUUCUAUAGUCUAUCCAACUAUACAACAGUCCUCUCAGUCAACACCCAAACGGACAAUAUUCGCCGCAAUCUCAACAAUAUCCACGAAUCAAAAUCGGUGGACCUCUCGGACAAUUGGUUCCAAAUGGCAUUCAAUUGGGAGCCGGUCUCGGGUCGAUUCUCAACUCACUCAUUGGCGAAUCCGCCGCUUCUUCGCCUUCCGUCGCCGUCCAACACCCGCCGCCGCACCGGCCGUCUCAUCCACAACUGGAUCUGCCCUUCGCCGCCAACACUCCGUUCGCGAUUCGUGUUCCGUCGGCGUCGUCUGGCCAACAAAUGCUGCAGAAGUAUGGAUCAGCUCUUUUCGGCCAACAGAUGGCGUCGCAAUCUUUUUUACCACAAAACGAAGUUCUUUCGGCCGCCGCUUCCGAACAUUAUUCAACUUUGAGUGACUCUGCGCUGGCAA